GCUUCUAGGAAUAACCAGAUACAAUAUAGCUGAAUGAAGAAUGUCCAGCAAUGCAAUAUACCUGGGCUCUGUAGAUUCCUGCUUGGACGUACUUCUAGACCCAAGCCACAACACUCCAUUUCUAGGCCGCUUAUCGCAGCGAACACAACUCACAAAACACCUGAAGCUGCUUACAGCCUUCGUACUUGGCGCUGUGCUGACCUGGGCCAUUCUUACACAACGCUAUUACUCCUGCACUUCCCAACGACAAGCGUGGGGCACCACAGCCGGUGCGGUCAGCACUGCUCGUAGAGGAGUGUCACCAUCCGGUAAAGCUCAUAGCGACCUCGUCGGAGGGAGAGCGGUUCGUUUACACCAUGAUGAUGGACGUAUGAACCAGCUUCAGAACCAGGAGGAGGCACAGGCGCUCAGUAAAGCGCUCCACGUCAUUAACACAAAGGACAGCGAAAGCGAUGUCAGAUCGCAAAUGGUCAAAUGGAUUACAUAGCUGGUGGUGGGUAUAGCUUGCGCCAGACCAGCACGCGAUUCGCAUGCACGGUGACGGCGGCGGGUGAAGAACAGGAGUAGCUAUAGACUAGUCCGAGAGUCCGAACGGAGAACUCACUCACCCGGGCGCUUCUGCGGUUCGUGAUGAGUCCUGACACGAGAGCGGUAUAUAUAUAUAGAGAGAGAGGCGCGGAAGACUAUACGACUAGAUUGUUGCAGUGUUGUUUGUGGGUUUCUUCAUAUAGCACACACGUUGUGCCACGGCGUGUACAGCAGGCCCCGAUUGGGUGUCACUGCCUCCUAUCUACACGACAGACUCCAAGCGAAUAACGGUAUUCCUAUGCAUUUUGGAUUCGUUUGCUAGGUGUCUGUUGACGCCGCAUCAUCUACUCCUGAACUCCGACCGGCUGUGCUGCUGCCGUACGUGAUUGGUCGUGAUUGGCUCGGCAAGGCUGCUGUGAGGUCACAGCCUGCAUGCAGUGCAGGUAUUGUCGCGGGAAUAGUUGCACCUGAAUGAACCACCUGAAUUGCUGCACCUGUGGAUUGUUGCUUGGGAGCAGCGAGGUCCUGAUUUCACAUCCACGUGACUCCGGUGGUGGUCACCAACAGGCUUGCCUGUGAUGUGGACUUUGUGGAGAUAAGGACGUGUCGUCGAAAGGCAGCACUGAGUACGUUAUUGGGUGGUUUAACGCAACUGUUUUCGCAAGCCUAGGAGUCGAGUGGUAUCUUAGUUAGCAGGCGGGCAACAUACAUGCUAGUGUGUGGUGUGGUAUGUGAAAAUUGCUGUGGCUGCUAUGUUUCGGGCAGUUAGUUGCCACCGCAAAUUUCGUUUGGAACACAGCAGUUGCCGAGCUCCAAUUGUGUGACGCUCUUAGCACGAAGCGUUGUGGCAACCCGCCGCUCCGAGGCGUGUUGUGUCAAGAAAGGAGUUUGACUGCGGCAAGCGGCAACCGCAGUUUAGGUUUAAACUUACUAUGUUGCUUUACACUUUUGGCUUUGCGGCGCUCGUCAAGGAGCUAGGCGCGAGUUCAGGCUUGCGCGGUUGAACCAUGGGUCGUUAUGCGGCUUGUUCUGUCAGUGUGGCUGGAGUGGAUUAAUACGAUAAUUGGUAAAUAAUGCGUUUACAUGAAUGAUUUGAGGAUAUUGGUACGUUUGACUGCUCGGCGGUUGGCGGCGGAUCCAGUCAAGGCGUAAGUGCGAGAUUUUACGGAUUGAUUACGGCAGAGUAUGCAGAGGCUCGACCUUCUGGGCAGGCUCUGACCGUGUAUUGGCUGCGUCUAUGCGUUGGAAACAAAUGUGGCUUUUGGUACGAGUUGACCGGGCUUUGGCCAGGGCGAUUGUGCAGGUGGUAGGGUAUGUGGGUCAGAGCGAUGACACGAACUGCUGAGUCUCCGAAGCAAUGGUAACUCAGCAGGUGCCUUCGUGUUCCUUAUGACGUACGGCGGUGUGGAGUUACAUCUACGAAAUGACGGUUGGUUUCCAUUGUUGCGAAGCUUCCUGGGAUCAGCUAGUUGGCGUGGGCACGUGGGUGGUGGUGCCCGCGCCGCUGUCACCGGGAACGCCACAGCGUGCUUCGGAUGUGCUGCUGGCAAUACGAUAAAUACGAUAAUUGGUAAAUAAUGCGUUUACAUGAAUGAUUUGAGGAUAUUGGUACGUUUGACUGCUCGGCGGUUGGCGGCGGAUCCAGUCAAGGCGUAAGUGCGAGAUGUUACGGAUUGGUUACGGCAGAGUAUGCAGAGGCUCGACCUUCUGGGCAGGCUCUGACCGUGUAUUGGCUGCGUCUAUGCGUUGGAAACAAAUGUGGCUUUUGGUACGAGUUGACCGGGCUUUGGCCAGGGCGAUUGUGCAGGUGGUAGGGUAUGUGGGUCAGAGCGAUGACACGAACUGCUGAGUCUCCGAAGCAAUGGUAACUCAGCAGGUGCCUUCGUGUUCCUUAUGACGUACGGCGGUGUGGAGUUACAUCUACGAAAUGACGGUUGGUUUCCAUUGUUGCGAAGCUUCCUGGGAUCAGCUAGUUGGCGUGGGCACGUGGGUGGUGGUGCCCGCGCCGCUGUCACCGGGAACGCCACAGCGUGCUUCGGAUGUGCUGCUGGCAAGAUGCAUGGCAAGGAAGAAGGGCCUAGCCCAUGUAGGUCGCAGCGACCUAUCCGAAAUGCCCAACUAGGACAAAGCGGAUAAGGAUUUCCACCGGCUGGAUAUGCUAACCCACCCUUUGACUCUUAGAUAGGCGUCGUGUACUAAAUUGCCCAAAUAGCGUUCGCGGCAUCUGCCUCGAGGUUGGCGCCUUCGGGUUACCACAUGAUGGAAGGCCAAAACCAGCUACUGGCGUUUGCAGUUUUGGCGAGCGCACGCUUACAAUGCUGAGACCAUAUGCUAUAAGUAGCCCUGCCGUCAGGUCAAACUCGUUUUAUGUGUUAGGUGCGGUGCGUUCCGCUACGGUGCUUUGUCGCUACGGUGCGUCCCGCUGGGGUCGCGGCCGAGGUUGACAUUUAUUUGAACAUGCUUGUAUACCGUAUCUUUGCAAUGUUCAGGGAAUUUAACACGGCAGCGUUCCAGUUAGCUACUUAUAUUAGUCAGUUUCAGCUUAAUAAGAUUCAGCUAAUGGCGAGUCCGGAGUCCCAGGACGUUGGGCCGUGCGACCGCAACUUCGCAAAACAUAUAGUUUGCUGUUAGCAGCCUGUUAUGCAGCACCCCAAGGUUCUGCCCAGUACAAUGCAUGACCAUGCGGGUAGAAGGCGUACUGACACCGUGGAUCGUGUUUUUGGUCGACUCCGUGCCUUGUUGCGAAGAUAUGUGCGUCCAUGCGAUGAAAUCCUCAUUUUGGGGGACCUCAAUGCGCGAGUAGCCAGCUUGAGUGAUAUACCAGAUCUCCAGGCUGAUGCUGAACUGGAGGCGGCGGCAGGUGUGUCGAUCGGAGGUGAUGGGCUCAUUCAAGGCAUGCCGAGCAGGCGCAGUAAGGACCUAUCCAGCAACCCAUUUGGGCAAGGUUUGGUUGAGCUGUGCCGUGAAGCUGAACUGAUUAUCAUGAAUGGUCGUGUGCCCGGUGACAUGGAGGGUGAGUUCACGUUUUACCACGCCCCCGGCCUGGCCUGUAGUAUGAUUGAUCUCUUUGUCUGCACGCCUGCUUUGUUCUCGCGGGCAUCGCAUUUACAAGUGCUUGGCAUUCCCAUUGCUAUGGAGGGGCCAAAAGUGGGAUCGAGGCUCAGCGAUCACUGCCCGGUGUCACUCACUCUGGACGUCGGAUUAGGAGGAACGCGAAGGGGUGGUAACGCGGGUUCCUCUCGCCUGGGGAAACGUGAGUGGGAGC